AGCAACAAUACAACACAAGCGACAACUGAUCGACUUCAGUUUUGAGAAUAAACAAGCAAACAAACAAAUAAAACAUUCAAAAUCAGUCGAAUAUUAAAUUUAAAUAGCGCGCAUUUCAAUUGCUUUUUUUUUUUCAUUUACUAAUUCUUUGCAAUUCUUUCGCAACUUGAGAUUCAAUUAACACUAUGUUCAAUACAACGCUGGGCGUGCUGGUCAGCUGGCUGGCGCAGGGAUUGUGCCUGCUGAUCGGCCAGGUCUGGGAGCAUCCACUCCUCACCACUGGCAUCUGUCUACUGUUCGGUUUCUUCCAUCAGACCGACGAACUUAUGCGCCACGAACUCAACAAGAAGUUGCUGCAACGCUUCCGGAGCAUUGGCAACCUGUUCUCCUUCUCAUUGCUGGCCAAGAGCUGCAAUCAGGUGAACAAUAAUGGCUACAGCUCGGUGCAGGGAGCGAACAGCUGGACACUGGCCCCGGCCGAUGCCAAUCAGAGUCCCAUCAACAUUGAUGAGCAGAUCGUGCAGCGUCUGGCCAUACGGGAGUUGCUCAAUUGGAACCACUACGAUGAGCUGCCCGCCAGCAUCCAGCUGGAGAACACGGGGCAAACGCUGCUGCUCCGUGCCAAGUUUCGCAGCAAUGUGCCGACAGUGAGUGGAGCCGAUCUGCUGGCCAGCUAUACGUUCGUCGAGCUGUGCUUCCACUGGGGCUGGUCGAACAGCGAGGGAUCCGAGCACACCUUCAACAAUCGCAAGUUUCCCCUGGAGAUGCAGGUGCUCCAUCGCACCGGGGCUGCUGUGCCUAAGAGCUGCACUAGCAGCUAUGAUCUGCUCAUGAUUGCCUACGUAUUCGAGCUGUCCGCUCACAAUCCAUUCCUCGAUCCGCUCAUGCAGAAUCUGAAGCUUGUGCAGCAGCCUGGCAAACGGGUGCAAAUCGCACCCUUUCCCCUCUCCUAUCUGGUGUAUCCCUUUCGCACUGGAUUCUACAGCUAUGGCGGGUCGCUGACGAAGCAACCCUGCUACCAGGGCACCGAAUGGUUCAUCUUUCCCGAGUCGCUGGCCAUCAGUGACUUUCAAUUGCGCCACUUUCGCCAGCUGCUCAGCGGCGAUGGGGUGACGCCCAUUUCCCGCAAUUCUCGACCCGUUCAGCCGCUGGGCAAUCGCGUCAUAAAUCUGAACUACUUUUGCCCCUACGAUGCCACACAGCUGGCACGCAUGCAGCUCAAUCUGUUGCAGCAACACGAUCAGGAGCAGCAGCACAUGGUAGACGAGCAUCAGCAGCAGCAAGAACUGAAGCUGGAUCAGAAACAGUCGCAGCUUGAACAGGAAGUGCUGCAAAAGAAGGCAACGGCUACUUGCUCGGAUGAUGAGGGGCAGUUGAUUGAGACGUUGGAGACGACGACCACAAUAACCAACAGCUCCCAUGCCAACAUGUACACCACCAUACUUAGUCAGCAGGAGCUGCCCUCUUUCUGUCCCGACUCCAUCAUACUCUUCACCAAUAACAACAACAGCAAUGACGACCAAGUGAACAGCAGCGAUGGCGAUGACCACUACCAGCAGCAGCAGGAGGAGCAGACCGGACUAAAGAUGCUGACCCCGCCUGGCAGUGUUGCCAUCUGUGGCAUGGGCGAUGGCCUCAACGUGGGCCUUCAGAUGAUUGAGUAGCAUUCCAAAUGUUUUCAUUUUUUUGCUUUUUAUUUUCUACUUCAACUCUGUUUAAUCAGCCACAGUCAAUCUAACAAGAAGUCGCACCUGCACACUGUAAACUAAUCGAAUUGAGAGUGCAUUAAAUUAGUUGCAUUUAUGUUUUAGCAAAAAACAUAAACAAAGUUCAGGUUUUCUCUAAAAUGGCCUUGGGACUUGGUACUAACAAUCGAGCUGGGCAGAGGAAACAUGUCUUGGUCAAGGCAGCUUUAAUCAGAUAUACUUUAAGCAACCACAUCAGCCAGAAGAAUAUGUAGAUACAUAUCCCAGGAAAGAUGUGUAACUAUGCAAACUAAUACCUCAGUUUAUGAAGCUAUACCAAUAAAACUUGGCAUAUAUCCGCA